GUCGUGUGAGAUUGACAAACCUAGGGGAUUGUCGAAUCCUUUUUAUUUUGUAAAUCGUUUUUUGUGAUUUCGUAAACAUGGUGCAGGAAUUCAAGUCUCCCGUAAGGGUCCACAAGUUCCCCUUCGAGAUGGUGAUGGCUGCAUACGAGAGACGGUUUCCUCGCUGCCCUCAGAUCCCAGUGGUAGUCGAUUGUUCGGUCACGGAGGACAGUUGGUCCGCCGAUGACUCGCAGCGCAACACCACACGGCGCUGCCAGCUUAACGUUGACGCUCCUUAUCUCUUGAAGAAGAUGGUAGGUGUGGAUUACGUGUACUUUAUCCAGAAGAACCAUCUGGACCUGAAGAAGCGCGUGCUGGAGAUCGAGGCCACAAACGAGACCUUCUCCUCCAGAGUCGAGGUUCUCGAGAAAUGCCGAUAUUUCGUGAGUGCUGUUUUAAUAUUUCUAGAUUUACUCUUUAUUCCAUUUCACAACAUGACCAUUCAGAACAUAAUCGAUGUUGUUACAGACCAAUAUACCCUGGACAGCGAUUACAUCAAGAGGUAUUUGGGUGAGCUGACUCCGCUUCAGGAGUCGCGGCUGUUGCAACUCAGGAAGUGGAUUGCUGACCUGCAGAAGGGGAAGGUGCCAAGCGACACGACUCUUCUCCGUUUUCUGCGCGCGCGCGACUUCAAUGUAGAAAAAGCGCGAGAAAUGCUCUCGCAGAGCCUGCUCUGGCGCAAAAAGCAUCAGGUCGACCGCAUUCUAUCUGAGUACGAGACCCCUGACGUAGUCAAACAAUACUUCCCUGCUGGAUGGCAUCAUCAUGACAAAGACGGUCGACCGCUCUACAUCCUCCGGCUGGGCCAGAUGGACGUGAAGGGACUGUUGAAAUCCAUCGGCGAGGAUGGCCUCUUGAAGUUGACUCUUCACGUUUGUGAAGAAGGACUCAAGCUCCUCGAAGAGGCAACACGGUCAUCGGAACACGCGAUCCAGUCGUGGUGCAUGUUGGUGGAUCUGGACGGUUUGAACAUGCGGCACCUAUGGAGACCAGGCGUCAGAGCGCUGCUGCGCAUCAUCCAGAUUGUGGAGGCCAACUACCCUGAGACCAUGGGAAGGGUGUUGAUAGUGAGAGCACCCAGAGUCUUUCCUAUUCUUUGGACCAUUGUCAGCACGUUCAUCGACGAGAACACGCGCAGCAAGUUCCUGUUCUACGGCGGCAAGGAUUACCUGCAGACCGGUGGACUCCUCGACUAUAUACCUAAGGAUCUCAUCCCCGACUUCCUCGGCGGACCUUGCAAGAGUUUCGUUCACGAAAGCGGCUUGGUGCCGAAAAGUCUAUAUGUGUCGGGUGCGUUCACGGAGCGCGAUGGUGACCCUUUGAGUGAGGACAGCAUUUACCAAUCUGUCAGCCUCGGAAAGGGACAGGUAAUGAGACAAGCAUUAGCGAUAAUUGUGUAG